UCGAGGUGACGCGCCAAUCAUUUUACAACAGUUUGACCUUGAAGUGCUCAGCGACCUCCAUCAGUGGACGAGACCCCUGAAGCGUUGCCCCUCACAUCAGACCUCAAAUGAAUCUAGCAUAUCUUGACGACAAGGAUGAAUGUAAUGACAUCGCUAUUGGUAUCGAUAUUUCAGAGGAUUACAGUCAAACAAACAAUGUGUCUGGUGAUUCACUCAUUAAAAUGAGAGCACAAUGGACUGAAGAAUUAAAGCAAGUCGAAGAUGAAAUUCAAACACUGCGACAAGUCUUAUUAUCUAAAUUUCGUCGGCAGCAGUUUUUAAAGCGCCAGCUUGGUAUAACACCAAUUGAAGAACUAAAAAGUGAGGUUAAACAAGGUCUAGAUACUUUGCGAACCAGUGAUGCAUAUCUUAAAACAUCAGCUGUUGUAAAAACUGCUAAGGAUAAGACAUCAGCUGCAUUAUUUGAGAAAUGGAACUUAUUACGACAAACUAAUACAUACAAAUCCUUGGAGAAUAAAGUGGGUUCAGCGUGUCUCAAUGUUUACGGCAAAUUGACGCGUUCUAAAACAUUAUCAAGUGGUACUGAACAAAUCAGUAAUUCUGAAAACACUACUAAUACUACUUUUGCAACAGCAGAAAUCACAACGAAAUCGUGUAAUUUAAGGACAAAUAGUAAUAAUUCAGUUCCUCAAUCAGUAUCAGUUAUAUCAUCAUUAUCAACGUCGUCGUCGUUCAAUCCCAAUGAUUCGAAUGGUAAUAAUUACGAUGAGAAUAAUAUCGAAAUAAAUGAAAAUGAUUCUAUACAUUUUGAUCAAUUACUCAACGACGAUAUAUUAUUACAUUCAAAUAGAAUAGAUAAUAAGAAAUAAUUAUAAAGACCAUAAAUCUUAACUAUUUCACAAUAUCCAUUAUAUAUUCAGUUUUGUAUUGUUAUGUUAUUCAACUUAAUUUUGUGAUAAAUGUACAUCUUGUUUUUAGGAUUAAUACAACAUAUCAAUUUUUCUUUUUUUUGGGGGGGGGGAGUAUUUGUAACGCUAACUGUGAUCCCGUUAUCGUUUUUCUUCAUUCAGUUCUACAUACACUAAAUUGUUGGUUUUUUUUAAAUUAUCUAAAUAGUUUAUCUGUAUUAAUAACGUUUUUGUGUUUAUCAUAUUUAUAAAUAUCAAUCAUCUUAUAUUCUUGACAUUUUGUGGUAUUUGUGCUCUUCUGUUGUCUUAUACCAAUUAAAAACCAAAGUUAUAGGACAGUGGAUAUUAUCAUCGACCCAUAGUCUCUUUCUCACAAUAAGCGUUACCAUACUUCUAAUGCAAAUACGCGUUUUUUUUUCGGAGUUUUGUACUGCUCAGUGAAUUUUAAGAAUUUUUCCGGCUUCUAUGACAACUUUUAUUGCCAUGUUGUGUUUGUGAAUCUUCAUAGACUGAAGUGGCUAAGACAUGUGUUACGUAUAUUUACUUACCCUUUACCUCGACGGGUAAUGUUUACUUGUAUGGAAGUACGUUGGAAAUAAGCAAG